UAAAUUUUUUUUAUACCCAACAUCAAACUCAAAUUGUUCCGAACAAUCCAUCCCUAUUUUCCUCUUCACUUCGAAGUUGGAACAGGUCCUCUUCCGCCACAGACAUUUUCCAUUAAGCCACUUUCAGAUGUUUAAAACAGGGUUAAAGCCGACAGUGGUGACUUUGAACACGAUUGUUAAUGGGCUUUGUGUUGAAGGUAAUGUUGCACGAGCGGUUUGUUUAACCCGCGAAAUGGAGAAUGCGGGUUAUGAACCAAAUGGUUACACAUUUGGUGCGUUGGUUAAUGGUUUGUGUAAAAUUGGGGAUAUGGUUAGUGCUGUUGGUUGUAUUAGGGAUAUGGUUGAGAGAAACUAUGAACCGAAUGUUGUUGUUUAUAAUGCAAUUAUGGAUGGUUUUUGUAAAGGAGGGUUUGUUUCGGAGGCUUUGAGUUUGUUUGCGGAAAUGAAUGAAAAAGGUGUUAAGGGUAGUUUGGUUACUUAUAAUUGUUUGAUUCAAGGGGUUUGUAGCAUUGGUGAAUGGAAAAAAGCGUAUUUUUUGUUGAAUGAGAUGAUGGAAAAGGGCGUAAUGCCUGAUGUUCAAACUUUUACGAUUUUGGUGGAUGGUUUUUGUAAAGAAGGGUUGAUUUUGGAGGCUAAAAGUGUGAUUAGUUUUAUGGUGCAAAUGGGUGUGGAACCUAAUGUUGUGACUUAUAAUUCAUUGAUUGGUGGUUAUUGUUUGAUGAAUGAAAUAGAUGAAGCUAUAAAAGUAUUUCGUUUGAUGGUUUUGAAGAAGUGUUUGCCUAGUGUUGUGACUUAUAAUUCACUGAUUCAUGGUUGGUGUAAGGUUAAAGAUGUUGAUAAAGCUAUGUGUUUGUUGAAUGAAAUGGUUAAUGAAGGUUUGUAUCCUGAUGUUGUGACUUGGACAACACUUGUUAGUGGGUUUUGUGAGGUUGGUAAACCUUUGGCUGCUAAAGAAUUGUUCUUUACAAUGAAGCAAUAUGGUAUGGUUCCGACUCUUUUGACCUGUGCUGUUGUUUUGGAUGGUUUAAUUAAAUGUCAUUUUCGUUUUGAGGCGAUGUUGUUGUUUAGGGCUUUGGAGGAAAGUGAUUUAGAUCUUGAUAUUGUGAUUUAUAAUGUUAUGAUUGAUGGUUUGUGUAAAGAUGGAAAGUUGAAUGAUGCAAGGAAGGUUCUUGCACGUUUACUGGUUAAAGGGUUAAGAUUCGAUUCGUAUACGUUUAAUAUCAUGAUUGGAGGUUUAUGUAGAAAAGGGUUGUUGGAUGAUGCUGAAGACUUGCUUAUGAAGAUGGAAGAAAAUGGAUGUCAACCUAAUAAAUGUUCUUAUAAUAUCUUUGUCCAAGGAUUGCUGCGAAAACGUGAUGUUCUAAGGUCGAAAAAAUACCUUCAAAUAAUGAAAAACAAAGGGUUUGCAGUGGAUGCUACUACCACAGAGUUGCUUAUAAGCAUUUACUCAGAUGAUAAAGAAAGCGACACAUUUCAAGAGUUGAUGCAGAACUGAGGUUCGUCUGAAUUUUUCAUAUCAUGUUUUGAGAGCCUUAAUGAUGAAAUGGUAUGCUGUAAAGGACAAGGGCGAGCACAUUAUGAUGUUCGUAUAUGAAAAUCCAAACUGGAUUAUGACAAUGAUGGUGUUCUAAACGUUAACAGAUCGAAGAGUUCAGAGCCGCAGCUUUUUUUUUUGCCAAGAUAUUAGUACAAUUCAAUGCAAUCAAAAUGAAGGUCUUGCUUUGGCUUGAUUGCAAUUACAUGAGUCUGGAUGAUAUAUAAAUGUUUGUCUGAUGUUCAUACAAGGGAAGGUAUGUUUCACAUGACCUAGUCAAACAAUAUUUACCGUUUUCAAGUUUACCUUCUGGUAUGUUAAAGUUACCUUUUGCGAUUUGCAGUAUGAAACAUGCGUGGAUAAGUUUGUUGCUCAUGAUUUAGAAAUUAUUGCUUGAAGUUCUGUUAUAAAACAUUUUCUUGCCUAAACCUCUCAUCUCCCCUCUUUGCUUUGCAAUGAGGUUAAGAUUUAAGAAGAAAGAGGGUAAAAAAGUGCAUUGUUCCUUAAUUCUUAUUGCUUUUUGCUGUAACUUUAGAAUAGGGAAUCAUGUGUUUUGGCCAUUAUUGUCAAAUAGGAUAAUAGCGCUAUAGCAUAGCGGGUUUUGAUGAAUUCGCAAUGAAAACUGCAACAUUAUCCUAGUUUCGCUAAUAGGGCAAUAACAUCUGCUAUUCCAUUUUCUGCUAGCGAGAUGUAGAACUGUUUGGAUGAAAAAAUUACAAGAGCUUAUGAGCUCCCCUUACAAGCUUAUCAAUUUGGGCCUAUGAAUUUUGGACACAGAGCGGAAACACGGAACCGGUUCAUUUUGCAAAACUCAAUUCUCUCACCAGGGUUCUAUCUUCGUUCUUUUCUUCUACCUCUUCUUGAACCAGAAACAACGCUACAUAUCCGUUCUCUUCGACCUCUUCCUCUUAGUUCUCUUUGCUUGUUGUGCUAUCUUCGUCUUCUUCAUUCUCUGUAACUCAGGUACGCUAGGGUUUCUGAGUUUUUUGCUGUUGUUCCUUGUUGUGAUUUUUACAGCCAAUAUUUGCUUAUUCAUGUUGACUUUCAUUGCAAUUGUUCCUGAUUUGGUUGCUUGUUUCUCUGAUUUUCUAUUGAUUUGAUGCUGUAUAUCAUUAGGCUUGGCUAUUCAAUUAGUUAGCUGAAUUUAAGUAUCAGAUUGCUUAUAACUUAGACAAAUAGAUGUAGAACUUAGACAAAGAGAUAGAUAGAUGUCGCUAAUGUUAGCCUUGUUCUGUACGUCCCAAAUUUUAGAUUGAUUAUGGUUUUGCUUUGGUUUUGUUUCAGAUUUAUUCACUAAUGCAGAACUUGCAAUUGCUAUAAACCUCUACUUAGCUCUACUCUUCAGCAUACCUUUUGCUGAAGUCGUAAGGUAUUUGUUUACUUGGUUGUAUAAUAGGUGACAGUAGAUGAAAGAGGGUAUGACAGACCUUUAAUUUCGAACUUGGUUGGAUUGAAAUAGAUGAAACUUUUGAAUUUAUAUAUAACUUUUCAAUUAUAAUCUUUUUAUUAUAAUUUUUCAGGAUUAAUAAAACAAUCUCAUUGCUAUUUUCAAAAUCAAACCGGAAGUUCUUACUACCAAAUCGGAACACAUAAUGUGAUAGAGCAGAAACAGUAAUAGAAGGAAAAAUAAAAAGAGACUAGAUGAAAUAGUGAGUUUAUUGAUAGAAAAUUCAGAUGAGAGAUGACUCUCUACAACUGACCCAGAGUCCUAUGACUCCUCAGAGAAUAUUUCUCUGUCCUCUCUUCUAACAGAAUGUUUGCCUUGUUUACUUGCUCACUGCUUAUAACCUCUCCCAUAACAAACUGCCAGCUAAACAUUUCCCUUAACGGUAUCCUUCUCUCCCCUCUUUUUCUUCCUCUCAUACACUCUCCAAACUGUGGGCCUAGAAUUCAUAGGUGAGACCAACAUAGCCUCAUUUGGCCCAAGGGUAAUUGGUGUCCUAUCAUAAUGAGUGUGACCUGAUUAAUUGAUGUACCCAUGUUACUGCGGUAUCGAUUGAGCUUCAUAGUAGUCAAUAUUGUCAAGAGUUGUUUGAAAUGUCGUUUUUGUCACUAGUAGGUGUUGUUGCUUUUUCCUAUCCUAUUGUGCUUGAUGUUGCUGCAUAUUCUUAAGGUUGUGGCUCCAAUUGAAAGUAAAUCAAAUCUAGCUCCUCUGUAUAUAUAUGUUUGAUAAAAUGAAGAAUGCCGCAAUUUGAAAACAAUUUUGUUUUCAAGCCUAUGAUUUUGAUCAUUAGUUUGUUUAUUUCUGUUUGAGUGGGCGGGGAAGUUGGUGUUCAUGGAUUUUCAGUUAAGAUUCUUGACAAAGGGCACUGCUUUUUUGUAGUUUCUUGGUUUCCACUAGACUUCCUAUUCAGUAUAGUUCUGAUUUCUGGACCUAAAUUUAUAGAAACAUUUGACAAUUCUUUGUGAUAUUUAGCAUAACAAUUUGUGUGACUUGUGACUUCUUUAAGUUUAACAAUUCUGUGAUGUUUGUACAAGAGAACAUGCUUUUAUAGAUUUACUGAUGCAUAUUAUCAAUCUUUGCUUUUUCUCUCCUUUACUAAUGACAUUAAUCUUGCUAUGCAUUAUAAUCUGAUAUGACAAACUUUAAGCCCUUAAUUCUCUUUCACUUAUUUUAAUCUGAUAUGACAAACUUUAAGGCCUUAAUCUGAUAUGACAUUAAUCAUGUUGCAUGUGCUUGUAACAGGUACCUGUAACUGUUGACCUAACAUAACCAUUUUGACUUUUGUUUAGCAAAAUUGCAUGUUUUAUUUUAUGAGGCAUACUUCGGCCUAAACUGUUAAAAAUGCAUUUUCACUAGAAAGUAAUAGAAGUAAAAUUUCAACCUUUUCAAUAUUUAGUAAAUCAAAUUUAUUAUAUGUAAGGAAUAUCCUGAAGUUGCAAUGUUCAAAGACAGGGAGAAUAUGUGCCGGAGCCGGAGAUCCUUUUUAAGGAUACUAUGGCAUCCAGCCAUGGUAAAUGGGCAUGGUCUAUAGACCUAGAAAUAAGGACUGAAGCAACUGGUGAAGAUUAUGGUGAGCAUGUUGAGGAGUUAGUAGGGCAAGGUGAAGAGGUAUCAAGUUCUUCUAUUCAAAAGCCAAAAAGUAAAAAGGGUUGAAAUUGAUAACAAGAAAGGAGGUGCUGGUUCUCAAAUGUGUGAUCAAUUUGAUUGUAUAGUUUAAAGUUUAAAUAGUGAAAAUACUUUUAAUAGUGAUAAAGCUGUUAAUGUUUCUACAAUUCUUUAUUGUUUGGAGAUGUUUAAACAAUUGCCAGGGUUGGAGUAUGAAAUUGAUACCCACCUUUUUAAUA